AUGGCGCAGUUUGGUAUGGUGAUCGCGGGGCGGCCCGUCGUGACGGACUUUGCGGAGAUCAGCCCGACGCAGUUUGUCGUCGACGUGCCAUACCCCGAGCAGGUCACCGACAUCACGUUCUUCCUCCUCCCGCACUCGCCCGUGCCGCCGGGCUACGCUGCGGUACUGUACUUUGCGGUGCCACACCUGCAGAACUGGCAGCUCCUCGGCAGCGUCUUUGCCGAGAAGCCCAGCGCGAUCUUCCGCACGUCGUGGCCGACGCACCCGGACGUGGCCAACCAGCCCAUCAUCCAAGUGGGCGUCUCCAUCGAGCCCGUCGACAACGUCAAGAACCUCGGCAUCGAAGCCAGCGGCCUCACGGAGCGCAAGGCCUUUGCCCACAAGAUCGCGGUGGACCUCUUCAACUUCAUGUCGUCGUUUUCAACGAGCACGGACCGAUCGCUCAUGGUCAUCCCGACGAACCUUCUCGACCGCUGGAUCGAGCGCUUCGAAGCCAAGUACCGACGAGACCCCAACUUUAUGAUGAAAGCGUCGACGUAA